AUGUCUUCUCUACCAGUUGAGGAAGAGACCUCAUUCCUAAGAACUGAAGACUUUAUAUGUCUCAGCUGCUUUUCACAUGGAAGUUCCGAAAGGCUAUGCUUGGCUGCUGAGGGUUUCGGUAAUCGCAUGUGUUCUUUGGAAAUUAUUUCAAGAGAAUCACCUCCACCAAAUAUGCCUCCUUGCGUUUUUGUGCUGGAUCAGGCCCUUUCCGUUCGAGCACUUCAAGAAAUGCUUUCGAUUCAACAUCAAAACUCAGAUGGUGGUGGUCAGUCAGGUCACAGAACCUUGCUAUAUGGACACGCCAUUCGACUGAAGCAUAGAGAGAGUAAUAUGUAUCUCUCAUGCCUUUCGACAAGUACAUCACAAGAUAAAUUAGCUUUCGACGUUGGUCUUCAACAAAAUGCUGAAACUGAAGCAUGCUGGUGGACAAUACAUCCAGCAUCGAAACAACGUUCGGUUGGAGAAAAGGUUCGCAUUGGAGAUGAUCUUAUUCUGGUCAGUGUAUCAUCAGAACGAUACCUGCAUGUUUAUGGAGAAAUAAACUCAGCUCAUGGAGUAAUUGCCAGUUUUCAACAAACGCUAUGGACUGUACUUCCCGUUUCCAGUGGUGCAAUAAGACAAAAGUCGAUGCAUAUGGUACUCGGUGGAGAUGUUGUUCGUCUGUUUCAUGGUGAUGAGUCUUUGACAGCUGCAUGCGCUGCCGAAUCAGAGGAAUUCUCUCCAUCAGUUGCAAUGACAGUAAACGGGUUAGCCCCAGGAAGCCCGCCAAAUAAAAUUCAACGGUCAAGUAUAGUAAACCCGGAAUUAAUGGUUGGAACACGCCAUGCAGUAAUGUAUGAAAUCGGAGCUGUUUCAACCAGUGCUCGCUCGUUAUGGCGAAUAGAACAUAAGAAAACAAAAUGGAGUGCUGGGUUCUUUUCAUGGGGUUGUGAAAUUCGUCUACGACACGUGACUACUGGUCGUUAUCUGGGUGUAUUACCCAGUGAGGCUCAAGGAACUGGACACUGUGAUGUUGUUACUUUAUCAGCACAUGAGGCAACAAAUGCAGCUUCAAUAUUUUUAAUAAGGCCUACGAAAGAUGAUAAAAAACGUUCAGAAGAACAUGAACCCGAAGGUAUGGGUGAACCAGACCUGAGAUUGGGCGAAACACUGACUUAUCUUCAACAUGCUGCGUCAGGACGUUGGCUAUCCUAUGAAGCCUAUGAAACACGUAAACGUGGCGUUGGACGGGUAGAAGAGAAAAAAGCUGUACUUUUAGUAGAAGGACAUAUGGAUGAUUUGUUUAGCUUAGUCAGAGCACAAGAUGAAGAAAUUCGUUCUGCAUCAGCAAUACGUCGAUGUACAUCUGUGUUCAAUCAUUUUAUUCACACACUGAAUUAUCUAUCAUCACCUCAGAAUAUUAGUUUACCAAUCCAACAAAAUCAAUACAAUUUAAGCAAUGGACAAUUAUUGGGUGAAGUAACUCAGUGUUUAGAAGAUUUGAUUGAAUUUUUCGCUCAACCAAGCCCUCAUGAAGAACAUGAAGUUCAACAGUCUAAACUGGCUGCACUAAGAAAUCGUCAAAACUUAUUUCAGAACGAAGGCAUGAUUGGGCACGUGCUAAGCACUAUAGAAAAAUUCACAGGGACGUUUCAAACACGCCGAGAGUUUUCACAGGCUGUUGGUGAAGAUAAAGCUGAUCAAUUCGAUGAGUUGGGGAAUUAUUUAUAUUUAUUAUUAGCUGCACUCAUUCGUGGUAAUCGUGAGAAUUGCGCUCAGUUUGCUACACCUACAAGACUGGAUUGGUUAUUCAACAGACUAGAACUACAACAGGGUUUUGCUGAAGGUGUAUUGGACGCUUUACAUUGUGUCCUAACUGACAGUGAUGAAGCUCUAUAUCUGAUAACAGAACGACAUAUACGGACGUUGAUCGGUUUGUUGGACAAACAAGGUCGUGAUCCAAGGGUACUUCAAGCAUUAUGUUCAUUGUGUUUAGGACGUCAAGGUGGGGCAGUGAGAUUGAAUCAGGAGUUAAUUUAUGAAACGCUAUUACCACAAAAAGAUCUAUUAUUGCAAACGAAGUUGGUUGACCAGUGUGGAUCAGUUCGACCAAACAUAUUUGUUGGUUAUAAAGAUGGCGGAGCUAUGUAUCCAAAGUGGUAUUUUGAGGUGAUUAUUGAUUCUCUUGAAACUGUUACACACCAACCAGCACAAAUCCGUGUUGGCUGGGCAAACACAGAAGGUUAUAAUGCACAUCCAUGUGGAGGACCUGGUUGGGGUGCUGCAGGUCUAGGUGAUGAUCUUUUUAGUUAUGCAUUUGAUGGAAGUUGUUUAUGGGCUGGUGGCAAACCUAAACGUGCUACAAUAGGAACAGAUGAGACAUCAAAUGAAGACGUAACGCCCUCCGUACCCCUAAAACGGGGAGAUGUUAUUGGAUGUCUAUUGGAUUUAACUGGGCCUGUUAUUCAAUUUAAUGUAAAUGGACGUUUGGUCAAAGGGUAUUUUCAGGAUUUCAAUAUAACAGGACUAUUCUAUCCAUGCAUGAGUAUGAAUGCAAAAGCUAGUGCAAGAUUUCUUUUGGGUUCAAACCAAGGUCGUCUGCAUCAUGGCCCUCCACCUGGUUAUUCGCCUAUAUGUUAUGCUAGACAGCCUGGACAAAGACUUCGCCUUGAGCCUGUAUUCACUUUUGGUCAACUUGAGAAAUCUGUAUUCACUGGACCAUUGAGUUCACCAACACCCCAGCAAUACGUUUUUGUGCCAAAAACAGUGCGUACUUCUCAUAUACAAUUACCGAAUUAUGUGGAAAUUGUUCGUGAUAGAUUGGCUGAAAAUCUGCAUGAAAUGUGGUCCAUGCGAAAAAUUGACCAAGGCUUGAAAUAUGGGGAACGCCGUGACGAGCAGAAUGGCUUACACCCAUGUUUAACAACGUUCGACAAACUUCCACCGUCAGACAGACAAUAUAAUGUAACACUUGCCUACGAAACAUUGAGAACAAUUGUUGGAUUAGGUUACAAUAUUACCUAUGAACCAUUACCUGAAGGUACAAGGAUGCGAACAAUAAAGUUGCCAAAUAGCUUUACUCAGUCAAAUGGUUAUAAACCUCAACCACUUGAUUUGACACAGAUUCGUUUAUCUGUACGCUUAGAAGCAUUGGUUGAUCAGUUAGCUGAGAAUACUCAUAAUAUGUGGGCACGCGACCGUAUUGCAUUGGGAUGGACUUAUGGUUUUGUCGAAGAUAAUUUACAGAAACGAAGCCCACAUCUAGUUCCAUUCAGUGAAGUUGAUCCAAUUAUUCAGCAGUCGAACAAGGAUACAGCAAUCGAAACAGUGAAAACAUUACUAGCCUAUGGUUAUUCACUAGAGCCAACUGGCUCUGAUUCAUCUGAUGCAGGUCGAGGUAACUCAACUAUGGAUUAUUCAGGACCUACUAGGACUUAUCGUGGUCAAACCACUAGGGCAGUUACACGCGGUAAAUGGUACUACGAGGCAGAAAUUCUUACCUCUGGUUUCAUGAGAGUUGGAUGGGCGAAGAAAAGUGCACCUCCUGAGUUGAUAAUUGGCUCAAGUAACAGCUCCUUUGCUUUCGCUGCACAUCAGGCACGUAAGUGGCACAGAAAUGGGUCUACUUAUGGUACAGUUUGUCAACCAGGCGAUGUAAUUGGUUGUAUGCUGGAUUUAAUCGAUAAAACGAUUUCAUUUUCAUUGAAUGGAGAAUUAAUGAUGGAUCCACUUGGAUUGGAAAUAGCAUUCAAACAUAUCAAAGUGGAUGAAGGUUAUGUGCCGGCAUUUUCUCUUGGUUCUGGUCAACAAGUCAAAAUCAAUUAUGGAAAUAAUGUUCAGUCACUGAAAUUCUUCACUUAUUGCGGUCUACAAGAAGGAUACAAACCACUAGGAGUAAAUAUGUGUCGACCUUUGCCUAUGUGGUAUUCUCGAGAAGAUCCAUCGUUGUUUGUUGAUGUCAGCAGGCAGCAUCCUUCAUUAAAAGUUACCGUGUCUUCUGGAUCGACACCUACUUUCAAAGUGACUGUUAAACAAGCUGAUAUGUCAUCUGAAGAAACACAAUUCUUACGACUAAGUUUGGGCACACGUUGUAAAGAUCAUUUCACAUCGAAAAGUCUAAAGGAACGUCAUGCGCAUCUUGACACUUUGAGACGUCAUCUUGAACCAGAACCAAUAUACACUCAGGGACCCGGAGUUGGAGACUCCAGCAAUUUGGUUAUGAUGGGUCAGGAUAUUACAGCCUCCACAUUAGAAGUUCGAGACAGACGUGGAAAGAAAAUCAGACUCGGCAAUAUGUUUAAGAAAGCCAGGUCAAGGGAUCCAAGUCCAGAGGUUACUUCCACUCUAGGUGGAGGAGCUGGUGGUUCCUUACUAAGUGGUGGUGGGAGCAGUCUUACUGGUGGAAAACGAGGUGGUACCCAUGCUACUACUGGAUCUUUAGGUCCUUCCGGUGCUGCUGCUGGGGGAGGUCAAGGGAGUGCCGGAUCCGGUAGUCUUCUUUCUGCAACAGCUGGCGGGUUCUCUAGUGGUAUUACUAGUUCACAAGUUGCGCAAGCUCAAAUGUCUCAACAUCCUGGACAUCUUGAACAAAAUAUUCCCGGAGCAGGUGCAACUAGCCCAGAUGAAAUAGAUCUUUUCCUACCAACAUCAGGCGGAAAUACUAGUCCAUUAGCUAAUCUGGUUGAUGAAUUCUCAUUCACAGUACUAGUCUUACCUGGACAAGAUCCUGGUCUUGUUCAUAUUGGUUGGGUUACCAGUUACUUCAAACUAACUAAAUCAAAUCCAGCUGACAGUAUGAGUGGACUUUUAAACGCUGCAUCAACCCAACAACAAUAUGAUUCCACAAGUGGACAAGCCCAUGGUCAGUCUAAUCAACAUUCAAUGCGUGGUGACACUAGUGGUAGUGCCAUAAUGCAAUCAUAUCCUGUAGACUUGUUUACUGUUCGUCAAGCGGCUGUUUGUCUUUUGGAAUCCGAUUUAACCUUAAAGUCUGCUGUGGCCGAACGUGCAUCUUUUAUGGUCAACCUGGGGCAACUGCUCAAUCAAAUGGCUACUCCAGAAGAUUUGGGAAAACGGAUGAGUCAAGGUUUGUCAUUAACUUGUUGGGUAGAUAUCGCUACUGGGACUCUUGGGUUCGAUUUGAAUGGUCGGGACAGUGGAAUAAGAUAUCAGGUUGAACCAUCUACACGAUUAUUUGCUGCUGUCUUUUAUCGACCAACUGUCAAAGAGGCGAUACAUUUUGAAUUCGGUCGACGAAAUCGCUAUACCCUACCGAUAACAGCAAGUAUGCUUCGACCACCGAGGCAUGCAUCAACAAUCUUACCACAUCGCCUGAGAGUUCAAGCACUGGAGCGUGUUCACUGGGCUCGCGUGCCACCAAAAGCCAUAAAAGUGCAUAGCAUGAAAAUGAGCGAAAUACGUGGCUGGAGUUCAAUUACUGAAUAUCCAGUUUCUGAAAUCGCUGUACGACUACCGGAAUCUGAUCGAUGUUUCACAGCACUUGAAUUGGAUGAAAUGCCUGAGCUAUUGAAGUUUCAUUCACACACUCUAGAACUUUAUCGAGCUUUGUGUUGCCACGCUAAUCAUAAUGUAGCCCAGUAUCUGACUAACCAUGUGGACGAGCAUCAAUUGUUGUAUGUCAUUACAGCUUCAGAUAUGCCUGGACCAUUGCGCUCUGGCUUUAUCGAUCUAAUGUUAGUUAUGCAUAUUAGUAGUCACGUGAAAUUGAAACAAGUUACAGGAAAAGAAUUUAUUGUGCCCAUGUUUAAAAAUGAACCAAGACAGAAAAGCAUAUUUGAUUUUGACGAACAAACAGCUGAAGGUGGUGAUAAAGAAUUAGUUGGAGGUCGAGGAGAAGAAGAGGAGGAAGAUUAUGAUUUAGAUCGAAUUCCAGCUGUUGAAGAACAUGUUAGUAUUCGUCCAGAACUGAAAACUGAUCCACAUUUGCUAAUAACCAAAGCUUACGUAUGUCCUGGUGCAGAUGGAACAGGUAGUGUACCUGUACCAAUAACGGAUAAAUCCAAAGAUGAUAGUGCUAUGGCAGCAGCAUUAAAUAUAGCUGGACCAAAUGGUUUAUUAAAACUAGCUGAUUGUCCAUUAUUUCCGUUGGCCAAAUUAAAAUCAGUCUGCUUGAAUUGUUUAGUGGAUAGCGUAUACAAAGGAGGAAGUAUACGUGAUCCAGCUGGUGGAAAUUUUGAACAUCUUUUAUUACCAUUAAUCAAAACAAUCAACUGUCUGCUUGUAAUGGGCACAUUAGAUUCAAAGGAUAUUCACAUCCUGUUGGCUUUACUCGAUCCCGAAUCAUUUAAAAUAUCGCCACCAUUAAGAGGUGAUACAGUAUGUCAAAGUCUACUGGAAUUCCCCUUACCAGAAAGUGUUAAACUAGAAAUAUGUCGUCUGCUACAGAAUUUAUGUGAUUUACAACUUCGUAAUCGAGUCGAACAAGUUGUAAGAUUUGCAAGUAAAUUUGUACGAGCGUUGCAGGAAGAUCAAAGUGCCAGGUAUAUGGCCAUCAAAAAAUCAAAUCUACCUUCAUCAGUAGCAGCUAGAAGGACAAGAGAAUUCAGAUGUCCUGCUUCAGUUCAAAUGAGAAGUCUUUUACAAAUGUCUGGUCCAGGUGGACCAACUGGUCGUUUAGAAGAAGCAGCAACUGAAUUGCCUCCUACUGAGCCAGGCUCUGGAGGAGAAGAUUAUGAUGAAGAGGAAUUAGAAGGUGCAGAUAAGAACCGAUGUGCGGAAGAAGUAAAGGAGAUGCUUCGUAGUUUUCAUAAGUUACUCUGUGAUAAACUAGGUGUAAUGUUGCCAGAAAAUGACAGAAAGAAUUCCGGAUAUAAAUCUGAUUCCGAUUCUUCGAGAGAUAGUGGAUUCGCUGAAUCGAAUAUGAAUUCACCAUUGCUAACCCAUCCAUCAGAUACACUCAGUUUAGCUUCAUUUGGCACGUCUUUUCCAUCAGAUGAGCUACAGGCUGCUUUAGCUCAACUACCACUGGUACCACCUGAAAUGGGUCAUCCAGAAGAAGGUUCAGGUACACCGCCAUGGAUCUUGAAAUUUGUUUGGAAUAUGAUUAUUCAUAAACAGCAACUGAAUGAUUCAACAACUGAGACAAACGAAAAAAAUGAAUCAACAUCAGCCACCCAGUUUGAUCGUUCAGGAAAACGUUCAUUGGAUGGACUGAUAGUUUACACAAUUGUUAGAUGGGCUAACGAAGGCUUUAUUGAAAGUCUAGAACUUAUUCGUGAGAUGUUUUCUGCUCUUCAUCGUCAAUACAAUGCAAUAGAAGAACUGAGAGAUGCACUUGCAAAAACGUACGUUAUAUGUGGUUUAUCGCAAGAUGAAGUAUCCCGCUUAUUACGGUCACUAGGGCGAGUAAGGUGUCUUCUUGGUGUUCAGUUAGGAUCAAAUGAAGAAAUUUUGUUGAAAAACUGUUUGUGGGAUCUCAUGAACAAUAAGGUAUUCUUUCAACAUCCGGACUUAACUCGAUGCCUAGCAGUUCAUGAAACAGUUAUGCAAUUAAUGGUGCAAACAUUAACCAAAGCAACUUUUGAACAACCAGGCUCUGCUACUUCUGCUAAAGAUGCCAUACAUUCAUCUAGUCAAGCAUUAACAACUGAUAUUACGCUAACUAGUGCAUCUGGUGCUUCAUUACCUGUCUUGCAUGAAGAAGGUUUGGGAUCUGGUUCAAUCCAUACAUCACAACACCACCAACAACAGCAGCAACAACAACGUGGUUCAGCUGGUCCAACAGAAAUGGUUGUACAAUGUUGUAGAUUUCUAUGCUAUUUUUGUCGUACUUCGAGAGAUAACCAGAAAGCUAUGUUUGAACAUCUCAGUUAUAUGUUAGAGAAUUCAUCUAUGCUACUUGCUCGCCCAAGUCUUCGUGGUACUUGCCCAUUGGAUGUGGCUUAUUCCUCUUUGAUGGAUAAUAAUGAAUUGGCUCUAGCCUUACGUGAAAAACAACUAGAAAAGGUUGCUGUCUAUUUGUCCCGUUGUGGUGUUCAAUCGAAUGCUGAAUUAUUAGCUAAAGGCUAUCCAGAUAUCGGAUGGGAUCCAGUAGAAGGAGAACGUUUUCUUGAUUUCCUACGUUUCACUGUGUGGGUUAACGGAGAAACCGUUGAAGAAAAUGCCAAUCUUGUUGUACGCCUUUUGAUUCGUCGACCAGAAUGCUUAGGUCCUGCACUUCGUGGUGGAUCAAAGGUUAUAAAACAGUCCACUGGGAAUACAGGAAUAGAUGGUUUAGAAGUACCGCCAGGUGGUCCAAACGGCUUAGGUGCUCCAAGAGAGUCAACUGCACAGUUAUACAGUGAUCCAGAUGGUCAACCGAAUUUGGCUGGUGGAGGCCUUCUAAAGGCAAUGAAAGAAGGCUUAGUAAUGUCAGCUCAAAUUAAAUUGGUAAAAAUGGCUCAAGAAGCUGAAGCAGCUGGUCUUAACCCAGAAGAGGAAGACUUAGGAUGGCGUACUGUUCUGAUGGAUUAUGAAGAUGCUAACUUAUUUACACCACUUCCCUAUAAUUUUGAAUGUUUACCACCUGAAGAUGAUCCAGAUUACAUAGAUUUAGGUGCUGCUAUACUGACAUUUCAUUCAAUUCUGGUCAAUUUGCUUGGAUUUUGUGCUCCUGAUAUGGAAACCUCCAAAAGUGAGUCUUUACGUGCAAGAUCAAUUCUACAGUCUCUUGUGAGUAUGGCUGACUUGGAAGGAGUAUUAUCAUUACGAUUUAUACUACCACCACCGAAACUUGAAGUUCAGACUAAUGAAGACGGUGAGGAUGAAUGGGUAGAUAAAGCUGGCAUGCCACCUGGCCUGCUACCGGAGCACAAAGCAUCAGUGGUGUUAUUCUUAGAACGUGUCUACGGGAUUUCAGAUGCUGCAACCUUUUUAAGACUGUUAGAAAAUGGUUUUCUACCAGAUUUACGUGCAGCAACAUUACUUGAUUCAGCUGUUGUUCCGGAUAGUGAUAUGGCUUUGGCUUUAAAUCGUUAUCUAUGCAACAGUGUCCUGCCUUUGCUUACGCGGCAUACUCAGUAUCUUGGUGAGGAAGGUACAGCUGGAGGAUUGUUUGAAGCCACACUACAGACAGCUUAUCGUUUAUCCAAGUGUCGUGCAAUCACUAAUCAUCAGCGUGAAGUUGUUUGUGAUUUCUUAGUGGCUUUAGUGCAACAAAUUCGACCACCUAUGAUGUCUGCUCUAUUGAAGAAAAUGGUUUCAGAUUUACGUACACUAUCAAAAGAAUCAGUUGUGUCCCUUCGAGUACUGACAGAAUUUUAUCAGCGUUGUGGGACCUAUUAUAGUUCAGAUGGAUGGUCAAAUGAAGGCGCUCAUAGUGGUGGUGUGGGUGGUGGAAAUCCUGUUGCCGGUGACUCUGGCACCAAAGGUGAUGGUGGUCAUUCAGGUGGUACAGAAACCACAGGUACUCAUAGUGGUGAUGGUGAAACAUCAGCAACUGAAGAGGAACGGAGCAUAACUGCCCAUUUGUUUAUACUGAUUUUUGAAAAGCUAUCCAGACAACCAUAUGAACCAGAAUUGUUCUCAUAUGCAUUACCAUGCUUAUGCUCCAUUGCUUGUGCACUACCACCAGACUAUUCAGCAACCCAACUGAAUGCAAUGGAUCAACAAGGUAAUGGUUUCGGUCAAAAUGGCGGGCAGUCGGUAUUUAAUAAUCAAAUUAAUUCGUUACUCGCUCCUGGAGCACCGAGACCAGAAGCAAAUGAUCCAUCUGAUGAGCUUUUUCACCAUGAUGUAUUUCGACCCCAGCCUAUUGAUACAUCUCAGGUUCGUCUUCCAGUAGCAUUGAACAGUUUAAUUGAACGCUUUGCUGAACAUUGUCAUGAUUCAUGGGCACUGGAUUUAAUUGAACAAGGUUAUACUUUUGGUCCACAAGUAGAUGAAACACGAAGAACUCAUCCAAAUUUACGUAGUUUUAGUCAAUUACCUCCUCAAGAACAGAUGAGGUACAUUCAUCCAGUUACUGAUACACUGAAAGCCAUGCUAGCCUGUGGUUGGUCUGUUGAUAGUGAUGAAAAUCGCUAUCAUGAUGCAUCUGGUGAUACAAAACAUUUACGUCGACCUACGAUUACGAGUGAUAGUUUAUUGAACUAUAAUCCAAGUCCAAAAGAUUUACGUGGAGUAAAUGUCACGAAAGAAAUGUUGAAUAUGGCUGAACGCUUAGCCGAUAAUGCACAUAAUAUAUGGGCUAGACAAAAAAUGAGUGAUUUAGAAGCCAUAGGUGGUGGAGUGCACCAGUUACUGGUACCAUAUGAUAUACUAACCGAUAAUGAACGUAAACGAUACAGGCGUUUAACACACGAAUUAAUUAAAUACCUACAAUACAACGGAUAUCGAUUAACAGUUCGUAAUGUCUCUGGUUCAGCUAAUACAGGCACACCAACUGGAACUGGAACUACAAGAUUACAUGAUAGCAGAAACUCAGCGCCUACAUCACGUUUUGCCUAUGGACUUUUGAAUAAGCUCUUGGAUUAUGUCGAUUCAGCAAUGUCAUCAGUUCGGGAACCAAUGCCAAGCAGUCGCUACAGUACAAGUCGUUCAUGGUUAAGUUCCAGUCAAGAUAUGAAAUUCUUUGUCAAGGUUGUACUACCAUUAGUUGAACGUUAUUUCGAAACACAGCAUUCAUAUUUUUUGGAUCCGAUAUCAGGUGCUUCUAUCGAUGAAAAGAAAAUGGCCGCUACUUUAUUUUGUAAGCUGUUCUCGCUGCUUCGAAUAAAGCUGAAUGCAUUUGGACAUGAUGUGAAAAUUGCUGUAUCUUGCCUUCAAGGUCUAGUGCAAACAAUCGAUGUGAAAGCUAUCUUAAAAAUGGGCACAGCAGAGGAUUUUGUUCGUAGUCGUAUUCUACCAUUUUUCGUCAAUGCCGCUGAUGAUUUAUGUGUUGUAAUUCGUAAUCUUGAUGCUGGUCGUUAUUCACAUGUGAAAGGCACAAUUAAACGUGGGGCAUGUUCAAUCGACUAUGUACAUAUGGUAUUACUACCAGUACUUAAAUCAAUGUUUGAGCAUUUGGGCAAAAAUGAAUGUGGUGAAUAUUUACUAGUGGGCAAUGUGCAAGUCACAUGUUACAGAAUACUUAACGCUUUAUACAAACUAGGCACUACAGCAUCAAAGCAUGCAAAUCGUCAAAGUUUUGUCGACGAAUUAAAUAGACAUAGAGCUUUAAUUGGUGAAUGCCUUGCUGCACUUGCAUCUGCAUUCCCUGUCGCUUUUCUAGAACCUGAGCUGAAUCGUAAUAACCCUCUUUCAAUUACAUUUAAUAAUCGUGGAGGUGAUUAUAGUCUUGAGGCUAGAGAUGUACUUCAACAGCUUUCUAAAACAACUGGCAGUCUUCAAAGUAUCAUUGAACAAGUGGAGCGUUUAGCUGAAGCUGGAGCAAUUGGUGCUGCUGAGGCCCCACAUCUUAUUGAAGUUACGUUACCUAUGCUUUGUUCUUAUCUACCUAAUUGGUGGCGUAAAGGACCUGAAUGUAUGGCUUUGACAUCUUGUGUUGACGUUUCUAAUGAGGGUGAAAUAGGUCAAGAUAAUAAAAAUACUUCCAUGAUGCCUAAAACAAAGCAAAACAAUUUUUUAGCCGGAGCAACUGGACCCUUAACAACUGUUACAGCUGAUCUAAUGAAUCGAGUUCUUGGCAGUGUGUUGCAAUUAAUUCAAACUAACAUUGAUUCACAACAUGCACCCUGGAUGACGAGGAUCGCUACACGUACACAGCCAAUUGUAGCUAAUUCUACAGCUGAUAUGCUUGGUCAAUACUUUUUACCAGUGUCUGAACGACUUCUUGAACAUGCAUUGAUUGUUGAAAGAGUCGAAGAAGCUUAUCGAGUUGAAAAACGCUCAGGUGCUGAAACUGUUGGUGAACGCGAAGAGGAAUUGUCAUGUUUAGUUGAAAUACUUGUACGAAACUUAUUUGCAUUUUAUCCACUUCUAAUUAAAUUCGUUGAUCGUCAUCGUAGUGCAUGGUUGAAAAAGCCAACAUAUGAAACACAGCGUCUAUUCUCAGCUGUUGCACGCAUGUUUCUUGUCUGGGCUAGAGCUACAAAAUUUAAACGAGAAGAAGAGAAUUUUGUCAGUGCACAUGAAAUAGACCAUUUAUCACUUAUUGUACCAAGUGGAGGAAGUUUAACCCCAGCCAUAAAUCGUAGUCGAACUCAAACAAACGGACGUACUGAGUCAAGUAGUUUGAAACAGGGCAAGAAAGCUAAAGGUGGUCCACAUACAAGUUUAACUGUUGCUUGCAUUAAACGUCUUUUACCAGUUGGCUUAAGUCAACUGGGCGGACGUGAACAAGAACUUGUUUUGUGCGCGAAAAGGAAAUUGAUCAGAGAAACACUUAGCUUGACAAGUGAAAGAGGUUUGGAACAUUUAAUGCAGCGGGAAAGUGAUGCUAUCAUUGAAGCCUAUUUAAAUGAUGCUUUGGAUCAAGGAGGUGAAGUUGAUCAUCGAACUCAAAAAUGGCAGAAAUUGUUAUAUAAAAAAAUUGAUCAAACAAUUGCUAUGACGGGUCGACAUGCUGAGCUUGCUGCAUCAACUCGAUCAGAAACGGUUGAUAGAAUUUUAAUUCUGUCUAAAGUAAUGCAUGGUCUUUAUUUGGUGGAUCACCCCCCAUCAAUAAGUAAAGGUGCAUGGAAAAAGUUAGUUUCAUCUCAACGUAAACGUGCAGUUAUGGCAUGCUUCCGUAUGGUUCCGUUAUAUGCUAUGCCAACACAUCGUGUAAUGAAUUUAUUCUUAAAAGGCUAUAUCACUGAAUGGCUAAAUUAUGAAGAAUCAUUAGGCGUAAAAUUAAUUGAAGAUGUAACAAGUGGUGCUUUAUUGAAAGAUCUGUCGAAAUCAAGUGACUUAACAUCAGCAAGUGCAGCCAAUGAAGGCUCAUCUAGUACUACGCAUGCAAAUGAAGCUGGUCAAAAAAGUUCAGAAGCUGAAUCUGGUGGAACACAUGAAAUGGAUAUGCUGGAUUCAACUUUAGAACUUCAUGUAUCUACUGACUCUAAUGAUCUUAAGCUGUCUAUGAAUUCAGAGACAACCAAAUCAGCUAGUUUACCAACAGGUUCAUUGCAAACAACAAGUCAUCCCGUACAUCACUACACAUAUGGACAAGACUCAGCAUCAUCUCAACCUGAUCCAUUAACACAACUCCUAACAGCGUUAUGCCGUUCAGCUUCUGAUCAGGCCCCAGAUGAUCCACUUUAUUUGGCGUAUGCUAAAAUUAUGGGGAAAAGUUGUAGUGGGGAAGACGAAGAAGAGGAAGAAGAGAAUACCAAUGAAGAAGGCCCUAGUUUUCAAGAACAAGAAGAACAGAAACAACAAUUGUUAGGUGAACAGAAUCGUCUUGCUGAAAGGGGUGCAGCUGAAAUGGUUUUACUCCAGUUAGCUGCAUCAAAAGGUGAAUCUACACCUGUUGCUCAGGCUAGCAUUGAACUAGGCAUAGCUUUACUACUUGGUGGUAAUGUUGAUGUUCAAGGACGUAUGCUAGACUAUUUGAUGAGAAAGAAACUAUCUGGCUUCUUUACCAGUUUAGCUGGUCUUACACAGAAAUGUUCAGUACUGGAUUUGGAUACAUUUGAAAGAUGUAACAAAGCUGAAGGAUUAGCUGUUGGUUUAUCUGAUAUGGAAGGCAUAACCAACUUGUAUGAUGCUGAUUUUACGUGUAAAAUCUUCCGAUUUUUACAAUUAUUAUGUGAAGGACACAAUCUAGCGUUUCAGGAUUAUUUACGUACACAAGCUGGCAAUACAGUAUCAGUCAACUUGAUUAUAUCAACAGUUGAUUACUUGCUACGUUUACAAGAAUCUAUUAUGGACUUCUAUUGGCAUUAUUCAAAUAAAGAUACGAUAGAUGAAGCAGGCAAAAGUAGUUUUGUCCGUGCCAUCAAGAUUGGCAAACAAGUAUUCCGUAGUUUAACUGAAUAUAUUCAAGGUCCAUGUAUUGGAAAUCAGUUGGCAUUGGCACAUAGUCGUCUAUGGGAUGCAGUGGCUGGUUUUAUUUAUGUUUCAGCUCAAAUGCAAGAUAAAUUAAGUCGCGAUCCAGACCAAUUAGAUUUAUUGAGAGAAUUUUUGAAUUUACAAAAGGAACUAAUGAUUAUGCUCUUAUCUAUGCUAGAAGGGAAUGUUGUGAAUGGACCAAUCGCAAAACAAAUGGUUGACACUUUAACUGAGUCUUCAGCUAAUGUUGAGAUGAUUCUCAGAUUUUUCGAUAUUUUCCUUCGAAUGAAGGUGAUUACUACUUCAGAGGCAUUUCUGGCUUUCGAUGUAAAUGGUGAUGGUUGGAUUUCACACAGAGAAUUUCGAUUAGCUCUAGAACAACAGAAAACCUAUACACCUGAAGAAAUUAGUUAUAUCAUCGCUUGUGUUGAUGAUAAUGCAGAUGGGAAAGUUGAUUUCAAAGAAUUUACUGAACGAUUCUACAAUCCAGCUGAAGAUAUUGGUUUUAAUUUAGCCUUGUUACUAACUAAUUUAUCAGAACAUGUACCAUUCGAUCCAAGAUUGGAAAGAAUGAUUGAAAAAGCUCGUGGUGUACUUGAUGUAUUCGAACCACAUCUAGGUAGAAUAGAAAUAACUGGUUCAAAUGGUCGGAUUGAACGUGUCUAUUUUGAGAUACGUCAACAGCAUAUUGAUCAAUGGGAAGCACCACAGAUUAAAGAAUCAAAAAGAUCAUUUUUACACUCUGUUGUUGGUGAAAGUGGGGAUAAGGAAAAGUUGGAAUGUUUUGUGAAUUUCUGUGAAGAUACAAUUUUUGAAAUGCAACAUGCACAGUCAAUUAGUGGAGAUGAAGCUGAUAUGGCUUUGAAUAGGGUUGCUGCAUUUAAUCGCUUCUUGGAGAUCACUCAUUUAGCAUUUGUUGGACAUAUACUUGGGGCUAUCUUCCACUGUAUACGACCAUCUCAAAUAUCUGCAACUUGGACUGCAUUUCGUCGAAUGAGUAUGCCAGAUAUUCUGUUGACUAUACUCGGUGUAAUUGUUGGCUUGUUAAUUUGUGCAGGCCGGUUUAUAUCACGCAUAAUUUAUUUAUUUUGGGACAUCAUAGUUGCGUUUGCUUCUGAUAUAAGUCAAAAGAAGUCACCAACACAGCGUGGUUCAUCUGUACGCGCAAUGAUUCCAUGGUCAGUUGAUCGAGGUACAUAUUUACAGAUACCAACAGUGAGAAGUAUACAACACUUAAGUGAAAUAGAUAAAGAACAACAAUGGUGGUUAUUAUCAGAAGAUCAACAGUUAAUCAUUGAACGUGCAGAUCCAGUACAUUUGGCUACUAUAGAAGAGGAAUAUGCAACUAUGAAGUCUGCAGCAGCUACACUAUAUGCCAAUAAUACGUCUGGAGCUGAUUCUUCUCCUAAAAUGUCAACUGCUUUAAAGAAUAACAGUAUAUCAAAUGAUCCAAGCAGUUCAAAUGUGAAAGUAUCAUCUACUGCUGCAAAUAAUAACAAUUCUACGAGUGGAGGCAAUACUGCUACAUCAACAAAGGAAGAAGAAGAAGGAAAACCGAAAUUCAAUACCAAAAAUUAUGUCAUUUCAAUGUUUGCUAGUAAUUUUUAUCGGUUCAAAAUCAGUGCACUUAUCCUGGCAUUUGUUAUCAACUUCCUUCUGUUAUUUUUCAAGGUGCAUCAAGCCACUAUACAUGGUUUAGGUGAGGAUGAUAACGGUGAAGGACUGGCUAGUAGCGCUGGAGGUGGUGAGGACGAUGAUGAAGAGAUAGUGGAAUGGAUUACAUCUGGUGAUACAAAUUCAUAUGUCGGUCCACUUAUUGCUACACUUGCUGCUGUUCAUUCUGUACUAUCAUUUAGUACACUUGUGGCUUAUUAUUACUUGAAGGUUCCAUUAGUUAUCUUUAAAAGAGAGAAAGAAAUAUCUCGGAUGCUUGAAUUUGAAGGGAUGUGGAUAUCAACACAACCAGCUGAGGAUAACUUACGUGCUCACUGGGAUAAAUUAGUGCUAUCAACACCAUCAUUUCCACAAAUGUACUGGGAUAAAUUUGUUAAAAAGAAAGUUCGUAACAAAUAUUCAAUUCAGUAUGACUACGAUGAAAUUACAACACUAUUAGGCAUGGAUAAGACAAACUUAGAUACAGAAAACAAAGGUGCUGGUCUGUCUAAAUUCUUCAGUGGAAUCGAUAUACAAUAUUUAGUCUGGAAAUGGGGUGUCGUCUUCACAGAUAUCUCGUUCCUUUAUUUGGCAGUUUAUUUUGCUGCAUCAGCAUUUGGGAAUUUAAAUUAUUUCUUAUACGCCUGUCAUCUACUUGAUGUAGCUGUCUCAUUUAAAACUCUGAGAACAAUUAUCCAGUCUGUUACACAUAAUGGAAAGCAGCUUGUGUUGACUGUCAUGUUGACAUCGAUUGUAAUCUAUUUAUACACAGUGAUUGCAUUUAAUUUCUUCCGUAAGUUCUAUGUAAGAGAUAAUGAUGGUGUACCAGAUCCAAAGUGUAAUGAUAUGAAAACUUGUUUCAUAUUUCAUUUGCAUACGGGAUUAAGAGCUGGUGGUGGGAUUGGUGAUGAAAUUGAAGCACCUGAUGGUGAUGAAUCUGAAAGUUAUCGAAUAUUAUUCGAUCUAACAUUCUUCUUCUUUGUCAUUAUUAUCCUAUUGGCUAUUAUUCAAGGUCUUAUUAUUGAUGCAUUCGGUGAUCUAAGAGAUCAGUUGGAACAAGUGAAAGAAGACUUGGAAUCGAAGUGUUUCAUAUGUGGUAUUGGCAAAGAAUACUUUGAUAAAAUGCCGCAUGGUUUUGAACAACAUGUAGAAAAAGAACACAACUUUGCAAAUUAUAUGUACUUUUUAAUGCACAUAAUUAAUAAACCGGAUACUGAGUACACUGGUCAGGAAACUUAUGUUUGGGAAUUAUAUCAACAAAGAUGUUGGGAUUUCUUUCCAAUUGGUGAUUGUUUCAGGAAACAAUAUGAAGAAGAGCUACAACCGAAAUAA